UUCUUGUUAGUCCGUGGUUCCGUGUCAGUGUUAUCAAUUUAAAAAAUGGUGGUCCCCGGUUGACGUGUGCAUUUACGAAAUAUCUUCAAAAUGAGGCCGGCUUUAAAUUAUCUACUAAUUGGUAUAUUUUUUGCGUUCAUCCUAAAGUCAAUAUACAGCCUGUACAGUAUAUUCCAAGCUCCGCAUUGCGAAAAGGGCAGCGUCUGUUAUAAAUCGUUUUUGAAUUCUAAACCAAAACUUGACCUAUAUGUUUUUGUCUCCGACAAUUCGAAAUCGGGCAAUUUUGACGAGGUUUUGUACAGGAAUAACUUCGAUUACAAUUCGCAGUUCGAGAGAGAAAUUUUAUUGGACAUAAGCAAAGCUAGCCGUAACAAUGGCUCCAUAUUCAUCCACACAGUACUUGUGCCUAGCAACGCGAAUAUCGAAGACAACUCCAUUCAGGAGCUGACUAAAGUUCCCGAAUCGACUUACGUGAAAAGCAGACUCACCAAAUAUGCCAUUCCUCUGAGUGCCACCUUCAACCUACUCAAAGAAGAGAAUAAGAGGCACUCCAUUAAGCCGGUCACUCAUUUACGGUCCAAAUAUUCUGUGAUAAUGUGCACCGACGACUUGACUAUUCCACACGAAGACAUUCCUAUGGAACUCGUCCGGCAUCUGAGGAUAACCAGAAACCGCGUUUUCCUGCCUAUAUGUCAACCUGACCUGCUGAAUAUGAGGCUGAAAGAUCUCGUGGAGAUUACGCCAGAUACGAGACAGUUGAAUUUCACUUAUACCUUCAAGCCUGCUUCUUUCGGGAAGAUGAGGUUCAUGUUGCAAAUCGAAGCAACUCUACAUCAGUUCCUGGACUUGGGUUUUACCGAAAAAGACCUGGACGAAGUUAAAGGAGUUUUCGCUGAUACAAAUCUCUUUUUGCUGUGUGCUACUAUGUUCAUUGGAAGUGUCCAUCUUCUUCUGGAUUUUCUCUCUUUCAAAAACGAUGUCAGUUUCUGGAAAAGCCAGACUUCCAUGGCUGGUCUAUCAACGCGUACCGUAUUAUGGAGGGCUUUCUCUCAAACCAUCAUAUUUUUAUAUUUGUUAGACGAAGGCACUUCGUUGCUGGUCCUCGUUCCAAGCGGUAUAGCAACGGUGAUAGAAUUUUGGAAGGUUAGCAAAGUUUUCAAGACUUCCAUAUCCUGGAAGGGCCUCAAAUUCAACAAGGAUCAUAAGGAGACCAAUGACGAGAAAAGAACGAGGGAGUAUGACGAAGAGUGUAUGAAAUAUUUGAGUUACUUGCUGUAUCCUCUUUGCGUUGGAGCAGCGGUGUAUUCUCUUCUGUUCCAGCCUCAUAGAAGUUGGUACUCUUGGACAAUAAACAGCAUGGUGAAUGCGGUUUAUGCUUUUGGGUUCAUCUUUAUGCUGCCUCAGCUGUUCAUCAACUACCGGUUGAAGUCGGUAGCUGCCCUGCCGUGGCGCGCCUUUACAUACAGGGCGUUCAACACCUUCAUCGACGACAUUUUCGCUUUCAUCAUAACUAUGCCGAUGGCUCAUCGAGUGGCUUGCUUCAGAGAUGACGUCGUAUUCCUAGUUUAUUUGUACCAAAGAUGGCUGUAUCCUGUGGAUAAAACUCGCACUGACGAUGUGGCAGGAGAAGUUGUUCCAGAGAAUAAGAAAAACAAAUAAAUUUGUUAUUUUUUGUUCAUUUAUUUGUAAUAAAAUUUGGGAAUGACGUU